AUGGCAAAGACAAUUCUUAAUCCACCAAAUCAGUUUAUACAACAGCAGCAACAGACUGCACGGGGGCGUCCCGUGUCUACACCACUCCCCAUCCCUUACAGAGAUCCUGAAACUCUGGGUGAAGGGGAAUUUGGCAAAGUGAAGCUAGGAAUGCACGCCGACACGCACGAAGAGGUUGCGGUCAAGCUCAUACGGAAGGAAUCUGUAGAGAGUCAAUCUCGUAUGCAAAAAAUACAGCGAGAGAUUGGAGUGUUACAGAGCGUCAUGCACCCGAAUAUUGUCAAACUAUAUGACGUAUUUGAAACCGAUAAAUAUAUUGGGAUUAUCAUGGAAUAUGCGUCAGGCGGUGAGUUGUUUGAUCAUAUACUGGCGCAUCGGUACCUCAAAGAAAGAGAUGCCUGCCGACUAUUUGCCCAAUUGAUCAGUGGGGUCGAUUAUCUACAUCAGAAACACAUUGUGCAUCGUGAUCUCAAACUAGAAAAUCUUCUGCUCGACCGCAAUCGAAAUAUCAUUAUAACUGAUUUCGGUUUUGCUAAUCAAUUUGACAAUGCCAAAGAUGAUCUUAUGGCUACUUCAUGUGGUAGUCCUUGUUAUGCUGCACCCGAACUAGUUAUCAGUGAAGGGUUAUAUGUCGGAAGUGCGGUGGAUAUAUGGAGUUGUGGAGUAAUAUUGUAUGCUAUGUUGUCGGGGUAUCUUCCAUUCGAUGACGAUCCUGACAAUCCAGAUGGCGAGAAUAUCAAUCUACUGUACAAAUAUAUUAUCAACACGCCGUUAGUUUUUCCCGAGUAUGUAAGUCCGGAUGCGAGAGACUUGUUGAGAAAAAUGCUAGUACCCGAUCCCGCUAAAAGAUGUGAUAUGAAAGUUAUUAUGUCUCACAGAUGGCUUGCAGCGUAUACAUAUUUGUUUCAAUAUUCGAUACGAGAAUUGGAGGCUGUCGCUAAUCCGUUACACUCGAUAGCAACACCGGAGUCAUAUGGGUUAUCAGUGCCGAAUUCAUCAUAUUUGUCAUCAGACUAUCGUACCGACCAUCAGAGCAACUCCAUCCCGAAUGCAACGUCAACUGUCAAACGACACACUAUACAGGUUGAAUAUGAUUGUGGGAGAAACGCCGUUUAUGAUGAAUGCCCUGACGAAGACUUUGAAUUCGUGGAUGGAACCCGAUUAGGGGCUGUUGAGUCUUCGCCUUCUGUAGAGAGAACUGUUGCUCUUAAUAAUGAAAAGGAUCAAUACUUCAAAAAAGGCCAUGCAGAUGAUGAACCUGUUGUAGCGUCCGCUCAACCUCUUGAUGUUAAUGAUUCAACUUUUGUAAAGGAACAUGCGACCACGUUAACAUCAACCUCAUCAGAUGUCAAUAAUACUACUAAAAACCCGACCAACAAUAAUUCGGGAUUAUUCACUCUGUUUGAAGGAGAUCCCAAAGUCAGCGGUAGCCAUCAAGAUAAUAGUAAUCACCUAAACGUUCCCAACGCUUUAUCUACCCGAGAAGUUCAGGCAGACCAGAAACUUAUCCACAAUCAACAUCAUCAGUAUCCCAAAAAACGAGAUGCUACGCGUGCAAGACCAGUAACAGUGUAUGCAAUGCCAGGAAAUUCUCAAGAUAUCAUGGAAACAGUUACACGAAAGAAAACGUCAUCUCCCGCUGGGACGCCUCCAUUUCCGUCCUCUCCGACUGUCCCUGAUCAUGGAGAAGAGCCUUUGGUUGAUUCAUCAACGAUCGUACAUCCUACUAUUCCACCUCCACCGGCUACUACUCAUAAAAGACCUCACAAGAGAGCGACAUCAACUGAAAAAUUAUUUAAAUAUAUGGGAACAAGCAAUGGCACAACUGGAACAACUAGUACAAUAAACAAUAUUAAUAAUACUUUAAUACCUGCCAACGCCACCACAACGCUACAGAAAGCUUUGUGUGGACCACUCCAAGCGGUUGCAAAUGAUGUACCAACGGAUGCCACAUCGGACACAACUAGUCUAGUAGAUGAUAGCAGUUUUGUCGAAGAAUUCAAGAAAAGAAAGGCUCCUAGAAGGAAAGCAUUGAGCAUGAUGGUUGAUUCAUUCAGGAGCACAUCCGCACCGCAUGCCAAUGCAAGUACUUCUAGAUUAGACGAUGUGAACAUCAAGGAUAAGAGGAAAAGUCUGAGUGGUAUGCCUUCCGGUAGCAGUUCUAAUGCUGCGAAGAAAGUAAUGGAUUGGUUUAGGAGAAAAUCCUUUGCUAAAAAUCAGGAUACAACUGCUUCCGCAACAUCCGCUGUUCCUAGUACUCAACUAUUAGAUACAACCCAACUCAGUGUUUCGGCUAUUCAACGAAGCAAGACUAGUAAAAGUAGACGCUCAAAGAAACAACAGUCGGUUAUUGAUGCAAACAGUAGCAAUGCUUCUUGCGCAUCAUCUGUUUCUACCGUAAAUUCUGCCGCCAAAGUAGAUACUAAGCUACGUGUUCACCACGGUGCUGUAGAUAAUUCUGCAUUGACAUCAAGACACCCAUACGAAGUCUUCAUAAUUGUCAAGCAAACAUUAGUAGGAAUGGGUAUAGAAACCAAGCGAGAAGGAGAAUUCAAAGUCAGAUGUGUACGGCGGAAACGGAAAACUAACGCACAUAUCUCUAAGGAUGACAACAAACAGAGUUCUAAAGACAAAACGAAGGAUAACAUCGGCGUAACAGAUAUUAAUGUAGAAGCUGACAAGAAAAAGCGAAAAUAUCCAUCUAGUCCGUUUAAAACAUUAUUGCGGCGUGCUAGCUCUACUUCAGCUCAUACCUCACCAUCAUUGGUGCCUCAUAGUGGUAAAUCAAGUGUCGCAAGCACGUCUCCUAGUCUCGUCGCUACUCAGAUUAAUGUUGAUUCGCUAUCUUUGUCGAUUCCCUUGUCGGCAACCGCGAGUAGCAGUGGAGAUGGUAGUCCUCAAUCACCAUCUCCACCGAAUAGCCCACAUUUGGAUCCAGCAAUGACUAUAGUCGUCCCUGAGAUGAACGUUUCUCCCAGCAAUAAUUCGAAUAUGAUUAUGCUUCCAGAGGUUAUAUAUGGCGAUUCAACAGUAGAUUCGGGCGAUGAGAUACGUUUUUCGGUGGAGCUUUGCAGAAUCUCGAACUUGCCUGGGUUGUAUAUUGUUGAUAUUAGAAGGUUGAAGGGUAAUAUUUGGAGUUAUAAAUUUUUGUAUCAUACUAUCCUAGAAAAGCUUGACCUUGGAGGUAAAGGUUAUUUAACUAUCGGCACUAGUGGUGGAUACAUAUGUGCCACGUAA